UAAACACGUUGCAUAGGAGGCAGGAUAGGGGACAGCUUACAGCUAAACUCAAGACAGAGUCUAGUUAGUAGGUGGGCGUCGCCAUCGGAAAGGAUUGAGGCCACAUCGUCUUCUCCUCAUCUUCUUCUCCAUCUUCCGUCCUCCAGGUCCAGGACUCCAGCUAGGCCAUGGCUUCCACCGUCUCCUUCUCCCCGGCCAAGGUCCAGAUGCUCCAGGCUACGAACUCCCACGUCCGUGCGGCACCCAGUAGCUGUUUCGCUGUCCCAAGAACCGGGCCAAGGCCGCGUUCCACGGGCGUUAGAGUCAGCAGCGAACAGGAGGCGGCUGCCACCGUGAGGGCGCCGUCCGGUAGGAGCAUCGAGGAGUGCGAGGCCGACGCCGUCGCUGGGAGAUUCCCAGCUCCCCCGCAGUUUGUUAGACCGAAGGCCCCUGACGGAACCCCGGAGAUCAGGCCUCUUGACAUGGCAAAGCGACCUCGUCGCAACCGCAGGUCACCGUCUCUUAGGGCUGCAUUCCAGGAGACAAGCAUAUCACCCGCUAAUUUGGUGCUCCCAUUGUUUAUCCAUGAAGGGGAAGAGGAUGCUCCUAUUGGUGCUAUGCCGGGGUGCUUUAGGCUUGGAUGGCAGCAUGGGCUUCUUGAUGAGGUUUACAAGGCACGUGAUGUUGGUGUUAACAGUUUUGUGCUCUUUCCAAAAGUUCCUGAUGCACUGAAGUCUCCAACAGGAGAUGAAGCAUAUAAUGACAAUGGUUUGGUUCCGCGAACAAUCCGUCUGCUCAAGGAUAAGUUCCCUGACAUUGUUGUCUACACGGAUGUUGCUUUGGAUCCUUAUUCAUCUGAUGGUCAUGAUGGCAUUGUGAGAGAAGAUGGAGUAAUUAUGAACGAUGAAACAGUUUAUCAGUUGUGCAAACAGGCAGUUUCACAGGCACGCGCUGGUGCCGAUGUAGUCAGCCCUAGUGACAUGAUGGAUGGCCGCAUUGGAGCAAUUCGUUCUGCUUUGGAUGCGGAGGGUUUCAAUGAUGUCUCCAUUAUGUCCUACACCGCAAAGUAUGCCAGUUCAUUUUAUGGUCCAUUCAGAGAAGCUUUAGAUUCAAAUCCACGAUUUGGGGACAAGAAGACCUAUCAGAUGAACCCAGCUAACUACAGAGAAGCCCUUCUAGAAACUGCAGCAGAUGAGGCAGAAGGGGCUGAUAUUCUUCUAGUAAAACCUGGAUUACCGUACUUGGACAUCAUCAGACUUCUUCGGGAUAAUUCUGCACUGCCAAUUGCUGCAUACCAGGUUUCUGGGGAGUACUCGAUGAUCAAAGCUGGCGGGGCACAGAACAUGAUCGACGAGGAGAAGGUGAUGAUGGAGUCGCUCAUGUGCCUCAGGCGAGCCGGCGCUGACAUCAUCCUGACCUACUUCGCCCGCCAGGCCGCCGGCGUGCUGUGCGGCAUGAGAUCCUCCAAAUAGGUCAACAACCCACCCACCCCUGUAAAAUUGAGGAGCUUCUGUGCUCACUAGGUCUUGACUUUUUGACUCCAGGCACGUCAAUAAUCCGCGAUUCGCUUACAUGGUCAUUGUGUAAUUAACUAACGAAUUGUCUAUUCAUAAGCUGCUUGAGAUCAAAUAUCAGUCACGUUUCCAAGGCUGUGUUUGCUAGUA